GCCGUGUUGAUUUGCUAAGGCGAGAGAAGAAAGGAGUUAGUGCGUGUUGAGAGAGCGGGCACUGCGAACUGCCUUACUAUGGUGUAGCCCCCGAUCCCCGUGCACCAUACGGAGACAAACGUGCAACUUAGGUUUGAUUUUGUUUACAAAAACAGCAACGAUCUCUGCUGAGCGGGGAAGGCGAGCCUCAUGAGUGGGCCUGGCAGGUUACAUCAAUAUCAUGGAUUUAACUAAGAUGGGUAUGAUCCAGCUCCAGAACCCCAACCAUCCCACUGCCCUGCUGCACAAGGCCAACCAGAUGCGCCUGGCGGGGACCCUGUGCGACGUGGUCAUCAUGGUCGACAGUCAGGAGUUUCACGCUCACCGGACUGUGCUCGCCUGCACCAGCAAAAUGUUUGAGAUCCUCUUCCACCGCAGCAGCCAGCAUUACACCCUGGACUUUCUUUCACCAAAGACUUUUCAGCAGAUUUUGGAGUAUGCUUACACUGCCACUCUUCAAGCCAAGGUGGAGGACUUGGAUGACCUUCUGUAUGCAGCCGAGAUCCUGGAGAUCGAGUACUUGGAGGAGCAAUGCCUCAAGAUCCUGGAAACCAUCCAGUCGUCUGACGAGAACGAUGUGGAUGUCAACGCUAAUGACGGGAGCACAGAAGACGACGAGGAGCGCAAAGGCCAAAAUGGAGCCAAGAACUCCAAAAAGCAUUCCCUGGAGACUCCCAGCCUGUCGGGAGCUCAGCAAGCCUCCAACAUGCCUGGCAUGGUUGACCAGAGUCCCUCUGUCUCCACCUCCUACAGCGUCUCCAACCUGAGUCCCACCAAAGCGGCUGUGGACAGUCUGAUGAGCAUCGGCCAGUCUCUGCUCCAGCAGGGCUUCGGCGGCGAGCAGCCCGUCCACAUCAACUCCCACCACCUGAUGACCGACAUCAAGACUGAGAUGAUGCAGGUGGACAUGAGCGGCAACGGCCACGACAGUCCUCAGAAUAUGGAGUCCGGCGUCUCGAGCAACGGCGAGCGAAGCGGCGAGGACAGGAACCGAGACGGCCCCGGAACGCCAACGAGGAGCAGCGUGAUCACCAGCGCUCGAGAGCUGCAUUACAUCCGCGACGACAACAUGGGCGACCAGCAAGCCGAAGUCAGCCAGAUGGGGCUGGAAGCCAUGGCAGGAAUGACCGAGAAACACCUGGCCUCGCUGUACUCGCUUCCUGUCAACCAUAAAUCCGACGCCAUGAUGUCCAUGCCGGUGUCCAUGGCCUCCGGGCUCCCCAUGUCCCCCGCCCUGGCCAUGUCCAUGGACUUCAGCGCGUACGGGGGGCUGCUGCCGCAAAGCUUCAUCCAGAGAGAAUUCUUCAGCAAGCUCGGGGAACUGGCGGUGGGCAUGAAACCGGACGGCAGGAACCAGCACGAACGCUGUAACGUCUGCGGCGCAGAGCUGCCAGAUAAUGAAGCCGUGGAGCAGCACAGGAAGAUGCACAGUGGAAUGAAGACCUACAGCUGUGAGCUGUGUGGGAAAAGCUUCCUGGACAGCCUUCGUCUACGGAUGCAUUUGCUGUCUCAUUCAGCUGGGGAGAAGGCCAUAGUUUGUGACCAGUGUGGCGCUCAGUUCCAGACGGAGGAAUCCCUGGAGGCUCACCGGCAGAUUCACACUGGAUCGGACAUGGCCAUCUUUUGCUUGCUUUGUGGGAAGCGUUUCCAGACCCAGACGGCGCUGCAGCAGCACAUGGAAGUUCACGCCGGCGUGCGCAGCUACAUCUGCAGCGAAUGUAACCGGACUUUCCCCAGCCAUACUGCACUCAAACGUCACCUACGCUCACACACAGCGGGGGACCACCCCUACGAGUGCGAGUUCUGUGGGAGCUGCUUCCGAGAUGAGAGCACGCUGAAGGGCCACAAGCGCAUCCACACCGGGGAGAAGCCCUAUGAAUGUAACGGCUGCGGGAAGAAGUUCAGCCUCAAGCACCAGCUGGAAACCCACUACCGAGUGCACACAGGUGAGAAGCCAUUCGAGUGCAAGCUGUGCCACCAGAGAUCCAGGGACUACUCGGCCAUGAUAAAGCACCUGCGCACCCACAAUGGCGCCUCGCCCUACCAAUGCACCAUCUGCCUGGAGUACUGCCCCAGCCUGUCAGCCAUGCAGAAGCACAUGAAAGGCCACAAGCCGGAAGAUAUCCCCCCAGACUGGCGCAUAGAGAAGACCUACCUGUACCUUUGCUACGUUUGAGAAUAGCAAAUGAAUGAAGAGUGCUGGGAUGGGGUCGAGAGGUAAGGGGAAUGUAAUGGAUCGUAGUGGAAGCGUGGGUCUUGACGAUCGAGGAAUGUCAACGACAAACUACUUAAACAAGAUGGGUUUUUUUAAUGCAAAGGUGGCGACAACAAGCAGGGUUAAAGGGCGGUGAUGAUCUGGCUAAAAGACUAAAAAGGAGGAACACUUGGACAUGGAGAUAGGGUUUCUCCACCACUGUUUCGGAAUUACCGGGUCAUUCACUACAUCUGCAACGGUUUUAUUGUUCCAGGUCUUUUUAUGCAUCACCAUAAAGUAAGUAAGCGAUCUGCAAAAGGGGAUUCUUUAGAUCCUGCUGCCCUGUUAGGGAGAAAUCAGAUUCUCAAGGACUAUCUGAACCUGCAAGUCUAUGGAAUCCAUCCUCCAGUCAGUUUUCUGGUCGUCCCACAUCACUCAUCUUGUAGAAAAGUACAAGAAAAUAAUAGAAACCACCCCUUUUCUUUUUAAGUCUUUUCAGAAAUGCAUCAUUAUCUUCUCUUUAAGUCCAUACGGUCUUUCAAUAGUCUCCACUUGUUAGAAAGUCAAUCCAUAAAACUCGUCGGCUAUUACCAGACAUUGAGAUCGCGCCUGAGAAUCGGCAGUAGAUGAAACCGUUGGUUGGACGUGUGGGAAUAUUGAAAAUGCUGCAAGCCAGGUACCCGUUUGGGAAGAUGCUUUUCAUGGAGAGUUUCCUGCAGUUUCUUUUAGUAGUCUUCCUGGUUCCGGAGCAGGUCAGCCACCUCUGGCUGCUCCCUCGAGAGCCAAAGGCAAACUUUCCUCACUUCUCCUCUCAUACUUCUUUCUGCUUUUCGUCAAAGUUCGUCAUUGCUAAAUUAGAACAAACCACGACAACAGUUUCUGUUUGAUGUCGGCCAGAUCUGGAAUAUAAAUCCCUCGUGGAAUUAUAACUCGCUCCAACAGUAUCCCAAAAUACCAGCCUCUUCACCUAUUUAGCAGGAGAUAACUGGACUGCUUUUUCCUUGUGCGUUUGACCUGAUUACUAUCACGCUAAAGAGACAGUACAGGAGCUGACACAUUCAUAAUCAUCCAUUUGCCACAGUAAGCACAAAUGAACCGGGGGGAAAAGGUUUUGGGAGUCCUGGGGCUUUGACUGCUGGUAGUGAAUGUUGAAAAGAACGCCUUUGCGGCGCACCUUAACUUUUACCAGAGGCAGUUUCCAGACUGUUAUAUGGCAUCGAAGCAUGAAUGUGAAAGGCUGUGAGACGGUUGUAAAACAUGUACUGUAGCAGGUUAAUGCUGCUUUCAAAUUCGAAGCCAGAAUUCCCAAAUUCCCACCGUAAAUGUCAUUUUUCGUGUUUCCGGCAGGAAAAUCUCUUUCUGUCUGGCGUGAAGACUUUUCUGCGCGUUUUUACAGUAUGCACCACCGCUGCAUGCAGUGGUCCAUAGUCCUGGUUAUAUUUCAGCAUUUUUACUGUCAAGUGUAUGUUUUUGAUUACCACUAGAAAGGCUUCCUUAGUACUUUCCCUAUAUUGUGUUGCUGAUGCACCACUGCAUGGCGAAGGGAGAGAGGAGAGGGUUAGUAUCCAUCCUCACCAUAAAGAGAUUUCCAAUGUGUGCUGAAAUAUUAAAAACAUCUUAAAAGUUCAGUUGCAGGUGGGAAGCGUUCAGCUUUUCUGGCGUCUCAGAAAUCCAGCAUUAAACCUGUGCGGCGUGUACAGCCACAGGGAUCGGGGUUGAAACUGUAUGAUUAUUGCACCUAUCCAAAUGCUUAACGGAAAAGGGAGAUCGGAUAAGACUCAGCCCAGUAGCUAAAGAGGCGAGCACUAAGACAUCUGAAUGAAUCGGCUCUCCGUGGUUUCGGUCCCUGCGCUUCGUCUCUCCUGUUAUUGUUAUUUUUUGACCUUGAGUUUGAUCUCAACACAUCGUACUUGAAUUACCUCGCUUUUGUGACCUCAUGUGUAUUUUAAUUUUCCCUUUGUUUGUGUUUUGAGGGUGGACGAGUGCAUGCUAGAAAAAUGCAUUGCAAGCAUAAUGAAGCAGUGCGUAUGCAGAAAAAAAUAAGUGCCACGAUGAAGAGAUUUGUUUGUUUUUCUAACGUUGUGUAUUUCUUCGUGCAUUACUUGUUACCAAACUUGGUAUUAUUAACCCUGUUUGUUGAAGAGCCGUUUGGUUUUGUCAUUUGUUAUAAAAGCUACCUCUAAUUUUUUUUUGUUUUUUUUAAGUUGUCGGGGAUUUUUUUUAUUUGGUGAAAGCACAUUUAUCUGUGUUUGCGUUGUUUGUCAUUGCUACUUCAUCUCAUGCUUUUGUUUUCUUUCAAAUGUUGAUUUAUACGGAGCCCCUAAAGGGAUGUUGAGGUUAAAACAAUUACUAAUUGGUGCGCACCAGAUAGAAACAAGAAUUUUUUUUUACUUCAAUUUUUAGUAAAAACAAUUUUUUUUGUUACUAACUGGUGUGCCCAGUUACUACUCAGAAAUGUUUUUUUCUAAAAUGGAAUUGAA